UAGUAUCGAAAUUUUGACUUAAAAUAAAGCUAGGGUAUAUUUUUUUAAGCAUUUCUAUCAAUAUGACAUUCGCAUAGUCGAUGACACGUGUUAGGAAAGACCUCUUUAAUUGCCAAGGCUAUGGCAAGAGCUUGAUCGGUAAAAAUUAUCUUUGGUGUUUUUCCCUCCAUUGCCUUCAAAAAUGCUUGAAAUAACCAAACAAAUGAACCACUAAUUUCAUUGCAUAAGAAUGCACAACCAAAAAAGGUAUUUUUCUAGUGGUUGUUCACACCAACGAACGGAGCACAAAUCAUGUCAUAUCUAUUUGUACGAUAAGUAGUGUCAAAAAUCAUCACAUCCCAAAACACUCGUAGUGCAAUUUAGAUAUACUAUCUCUCCAAAAAAAAUUGCACAACCUACCAUCUUCAUCAACUUGAAAAGAAUAGAAGAAGUUUGAGUCCUUUGAUUGCAAAUGCAUAAAAUGAUUUAUCAAAGUUUGAGCAUCUCCACUACUAAUCAUAUUUCUCUUAUGUGCUUGAACAAAGUUUGAGCAUCUUGUUCAAUGAAUCCUACAUUUUUAACUCCACCCGCUUCAUUCUGAAGAUAUCGAACAACUUUUUUUGUACGAAUACCGGCAUCAAUCAUAGAACCAACAAUAUUUUUAGUAGCAUUUGUAAGCCUACGACCAGAAUGUAUGAAAUGUUUCAAAUUAUCUUCUAUCAUGGGAUGACUAUGCACAUCAUUGAAUUCACAAACUUCCCAUAUUCCAUUUGAAAUUUUAAAUUUUAUACGAGUCAUACAACCACAUCUAUAUUCUAAUCUUUGUCGCUUUCUUUCUUGAAAAGGAGAAAGUUUAUCCGAUUGUCCUUCACAAGAGCAAAGAAAUAAACGUCUUGUUGUCUCUCCUUUUACAUUAUUAGUUUUUCCUCCCUUUCGAACACCAAAACCUCUUGCCACGACAUAUGAAUUAUAUGCAUUGUAUGAUUCCUCUUCCGAAUUAAUUUUCAUGUCGAUCUCAAAAACAAAGUUCUUACUAGUGUUACAAAUAUUAGGCUCGUUAACGCUGAAAUCUACAAUAAUAAUUUUUAAUUGUAAGUAUCAAAAUUUAAUAAAUAGAUAAACUAUAGAUAAUAUUUAUUUAUUAGAGAUCUCUACACUUAAAUUACCUUUUUGGGCAGAGGAGUCUUUGCCUUUGUCACCAGGUGCAUCUUUCAUUUUUCUAUUUCAAGCACAGUCUGCAUAAUACAAAAUUUAUAAAAAUUAUUUUUUAUGUUGACAAGAUCAAUUGACCAUGAAGAUCAUUCAAUGAAUGAUACACAAGAUAUGAACACAAUGAAAAAAAAUAUUGAGAUGCUAAUGACAUAUGUUAACAUUAGAUAUUUGUAUACGAAAAUAAGUAAUAGCAUUACAUAUGUUUAUAAAAUAAGGUGAUUGUAAAAAUAUAAAUAAUAAUAAGAGAAGGAAAUGAAAGAAUAAAGGUCAUAGAUGGAUACAUUAAAAAUAUUUUUUUUAAGUUUUGCUUGAGUGAGAAUGCUGUGAGAGCAAUGAGUGUAAAACUACUUCAAAAAUUUUGCUUUAGUUAAUUUGGAUGUAGUAGAAAGAAACUAAUUAAGGAGGAAAAAAGGUAUUCUCUAUCCCUUCAUAUUUAUUAUACUAUAUAGUCUUUAGUCUUUUAUUGUAUUGUAUAUGCAUUCUUUUAUCGUUGUAUUUAAUAUUUAUUUAAUUUCUUUUGCAAAGUAUCAAGUUAGGUCCACUAUAUUUUUUCUUCAAAAAAAUUCCAAAGAAAAAUCCAAACUUGUCAGCUCCGAUUCUUCCUCCAAAGAAAUUCAUCUUCAGUAUCCCAAUUGGGUACCUUGUCGACUGCUUAGAAUUCUCGGAGGCGUUCGGCAUUGAAGCCAAUGAAUGUUGCGCCUAAGAGAAAUGAUUCAAUAAUUCCAUCAACAGCUACCAUCGUGGCUCUUCAGGUAACAGAGAAAGUUGAGGCAGCAGACUUUGAGAAAUUGGCUAAGGGGCUUCAAAUUCCUUCUCCUCUUGAGAUUAUGGACAAAGCACUUGAGAAAUUUAGGGAUGACAAUGCUAUUGCGUUUAGGGAUAAGAUGAUGGAUCUAUUGAAAUAUAUGAACAGAAAUCGACUUGGAAGGGACAUUCGUAAUCAAAUAAAAGGUCAUUUACUCUUACAAUAUGAAAGCGCUUACACUGAUGCUGUUGUUCUCCAGGACAUUCCAAUCUCUAUCCGUGCCAAGAUAUCGCAGAAUUUAUAUCAGUCUUACAUAGAAAAUGUACCUCUUUUUAAGGGCUGUUCCUCGGAAUUCAUAAGUCAAGUUGUAACUCGAGUCCCCGGAGAAGUGAUAAUGGAACAAGGCAAUGUAGUAGACCAGCUUUAUUUUAUCCGUCAUGGUGUUCUGGAGGUCGGUCUAGCGAAGGAUGGAUCAGAAGAGACAGUGUCACUUCUCGAGCCUAACAGCUCAUUCGGAGACAUUUCCAUCAUUUGCAACAUUCCUCAACCGUAUACAGUUCGUGUUUGUGAACUAUGCAGGCUCAUACAUAUCGAUAAACAGUCAUUUUCGAAUAUUCUGGAGAUUUAUUUUCAUGAUGGACGAAGAAUCUUGAGUAAUUUACUACAGCAUCUUGCAGCAUCGAGAGGCUAUGAAGACAUAACUUCUUUUCUCAUCCAAGAAGGCGUUGACAUCAACGCUCUAGAUAAAUUUGGCAACACGCCACUGCUUGAAGCAAUCAAGAGUAGACAUGAUCGCGUUGCUUCACUUCUUGUUAAAGAAGAGGCUUUGUUGAGCAUCGAAAAUACUGGUAGCUUCCUGUGUAUGGCGAUAGCAAAGGGGGAUUCAGAUUUACUACAAAGACUAUUGUCAACCGGUGUUGAUCCGAACACCAAAGACUAUGAUCAACGAACGCCACUUUAUGUUGCUGCUACUCAAGGACAAUACUCAAUGGCAAAGUUGUUUUUGGGAACUGGUGCUUCUGUUUUCUCAAAAGACAGAUGGAGAAAUACUCCAGUUGAUGAAGCUAGAGUAAGUGGAAACAAGCAAAUGAUUAGUCUUUUAGAAAAAGCAAAAUCUGCUCAAUUAUCUGAAUUCCCUGAUGUUCCACAUGAGAUCUCAGAUAAACUGUGGCCGCGGAAAUACACUGUGUUUCCUUUCCAUCCAUGGGAAUCCAAAGAUUUGAGUAAACAUGGUGUCUUCUUGUGGAUACCUCAGACGAUUGAAGAGCUCGUGGGGAUAAGGUCUGCAUACAUCUUAACCUCCGUAGAUCCCACUUGUGGGCACACUGGAACAAUGCACGUCUUUGAGGAAACUUUACCGCAUCUUCUCAACAUAUUCAACAGACUUGUUCAGAUAGCAAACCCAUCAAUUGAUGUAGCAGACUUGAUCAAACUCAUUUGCAAAAUAUUCUGGUCAUCCAUUUAUGUGUUUGAUCGUGAGCUCGAGAGACUGAUCACAGCAACAAAUGCAUUCCCUAUUGUAGAAUUUAUAAAUAUUAUCUCUAGCAAUGUAAAUAGACUACAAUCACUAGCAUAUGUAAAUAUGAGCAUCCAAGAGUAAGUUAUUUCCAUGAUUGUAUAAAACAUACAUGUAAACUCAUUUUUAUCAACUAAUCCAAUCAAAAGAAAUAGUCCCUUGCUGUAA